AUGAACAGCCCGGAUGUUCGAAUGAUGUCCGCUCAGGAUGCGCCAGGCUCAGCCGGACUCGCCCCCGACAACAUCGCCGCUUCGUUGCCGUCCAAGAAGAAGUCCAGGCGAGGCGCUGACCCUGCCAACCAAAAGCGAAGAUGUGUGAGCACGGCCUGCAUCGCCUGUCGGAGGAGGAAGUCCAAGUGUGACGGCGCCAUUCCGAGCUGCGCGGCCUGUGCCAGCGUCUACGGUACCGAGUGCAUCUAUGACCCUAACUCGGAUCACCGCCGCAAAGGCGUCUACCGGGAGAAGAACGAUAGCAUGAAAGCCCAAAGCGCCACGCUGCAGAUUCUAAUAGAGGCCAUUUUGAACGCUUCCGAGGAAGAUGUCCCCGACAUUGUGAGGAGGAUUCGUACCUGUGACGACCUUGACGCAGUAGCCGAGUCCAUUCGCAGGGACAAGAACAUGACAGCAACCAGCGACAACGAUUACAGCGACGAGCCUGCUCAACUUGGAGACGACGCUGCCAACCAAGCCGUUGAAGGUGAGAGGGACUUGGCCCGCAAGAUGGGAGAGCUGCGUAUCGAAAAUGGUUCUAUCCGGUUUAUCGGCGGCACCUCGCACCUCAUAUAUCUCGAUGAACCGACAGAUGCCCCUGAAGAACCAGAGCUAGAAACUCACCUGUCGACCUGCGAUGAAGAUCCAGUCACCACCUGGACAGAGGUUACCAAGGAUCCUCAGCUAAUAACUCAUCUCAUCAACAUGUACUUCAACUGGCACUACCCCUACUUCACCACUCUGUCUAAGAGCCUUUUUUAUCGGGAUUUCAUCAAGGGAAAGCCGGUUGGUCAACCACGCUCCACAGUUUACUGUUCGUCGCUGUUGGUUAACGCCAUGCUCGCGCUCGGCUGCCACUUGACGAGCGUCGAUGGUGCCUUUGCGAUACCUGGGGACAGCAGGACAAAGGGUGAUCACUUCUUCGCCGAGGCUAAGAGACUGAUCGUUCAAAACGACGAGUAUGAAAAACCAAGGCUUACUACCGUGCAAGCUUUGGCACUUAUGUCAGUACGAGAAGCAGGCUGCGGGCGGGAAGCAAAAGGGUGGGUAUACAGCGGCAUGAGCUUCAGAAUGGCCCAAGACAUUGGCCUAAACCUAGACAUCGGGUCGCUGGAUGAAAAGGAGGUGGAUGCGCGGAGGAUCACAUUUUGGGGUUGCUUUCUGUUUGACAAGUGCUGGUCAAACUAUCUGGGACGGCUACCACAGCUUCCCAAAAACACCUACAACGUUCCGAAGUAUGAUGUGUUUCCGGACGAAGAUGCUGAGCUGUGGUCCCCAUAUACCGACGCAGGCUUCGACCAGUCAUGCAAGCAGCCAUCGCGGACACGGGCUAUAGGCUUACAGUUGUCCAAACUCUGCGAGAUCAGUAGUGAUCUCUUACUAUUCUUCUACCAUCCAAGUCACAUAGGAAGGUCGAGCGGCAAGUCAGCUGAGCUCAAAAAGCUUAGCGAACUUCAUCGGCGUCUGGAAGAUUGGAGGACGGAGCUGCCAAAGGAGUUCGAACCCAAAGAUGGGCAGUUACCCAAUGUCAUUCUGAUGCAGUAG